AUGUGUUGCAAGACAUAACAUGCCGUCACGAUAUCUUAUCCCAUGACAAAAAGUUCGGUUAAACAUUAUUUUCAUUUCAUUCUGGGUAGAUUUCUGGUUACAUCUGCGUGUUUUCUCCUCUAAAAACGACACGAAAAUGUCGAAAUACGAAUUCACGUGGACUAUUGAAAAUUUCAGCAUGUGUCAUCAUUCAACGGGACUCAGUCUUCGAAGCCCGACUUUUAUGUUGAGUGCUUUGCCUGGAAUGUUGUGGUGCCUGAAUAUAUAUCCCCGGGGUGAAAAAAGUGAAGAAUGCAUAGAUGUGCUUAUCAUGAGAUGUGAUGAUCUUCCUCGAAACUGUCAAAUAGAAUAUUCAAUUUGCACCAUGGAUAAAGAUGGAAACACUAUACAAAAACCGGAAAAAGAAAAACGCACAUUUGCAGCCGGAGAGGGAUGGGGAUGUAGCAGUUUUUUCGACAGAAAACGGCAUCUUAAUGACAAAGACAAUCUUGUCAUAAACUGUAAUUUAUGUCUUCUUCAAGUGUGUGAUGAUAAUGACCAAGAGAGCUUACAUUGUGAUUUCAUUCGCUUUUACGACAAUGCUUUAUUCACUGAUACCACUUUGCGUACUAGUGAUAAAAGUUUCAAAGUGCAUAAAUGUCUUUUGAGCAUACGAUGGCCGGCAUUGGUUGAAAAGCUAGAAAGAAAGAAAGCAGAUGAGGAAUGUUUUGAUGUCAGCACAUCGGUAUUGGAAGCAAUGAUAAAUUAUAUUUAUUCUGGGAAACUAGACUGCCCAAAUUCUCAGUUAGCAGCGGAUGUAUUUGCAGCUGCAGUAAAGUAUGAGCUCACAAAUCUCAGAUGUAAUUUGUGUUUACCUGUACAGAAUUUCAAAGCUCGAACACGCAUCAAUGCAGAUGAGAUGUUCUUUGAUUGGAAAAUUCCCACCUUAAGCGAUUUGCCCAAUAAUACAUCCAUACACAGUGAUGUUUUUUCAGUAGAUUUACUGAAGUUUUAUGGCUGGAAAUUAAUUUUCCGCUUACGAUCACUUUUAUCUGGAAGUAGACCUUUCGAUGUUUCCCUUUGUAAAGUGUAUGGUGACACUCUAAAGCCUAUUUUUGUAAAAAGUAGAAUAUUUUGCAGUUCAUAUUUCGACGUUCAGAGUGAACAUCUGUUUCUAGCAGAUGAAGAAUGGAAAUGUGCUGAUUCUUCUAAAGGCUUAGAAGUGAAUCCAGUUCUUCACUGUCGCUUCACUUUUACAGAUAUGGGUGUGGUUUCGGAGAUUACUAGAAGGAGUUGCGUUACAACAUCGUCCAGCUCUGAUUUUAACCGGUCUUUCAAAACUAAUCUUAAGUUUUUCGAUUAUGUCAGUGAUGAUCUUCGCUCACUUUAUAAAACGGGGAAGCUGUCAGAUGUUAAAAUUGUGGCUGGUUCCGAAACAUUUCUUGUUCACAAAAUUAUUCUGUCCGCAAGAUCACCGGUAUUCUCCAGAAUGUUCGAAAACGAAAUGGUUGAAGCCAAAAGCAACACAAUUAAUAUUCAAGACACGGAACCUUCAAUUCUAAAGACGAUGCUUUGUUAUAUGUAUACUGCAGAUUUGGAUCAACCGCUGAAGGAAUGUGCUCUUUCUUUGUAUGAAGCGGCGGAUAAGUACGAUAUUCCUACUUUAAAGGAAAAGUGUGCUUCGUUUUUAAAAUCAAAUCUUACGGUGAAAAAUGUGUGUGAAGUGCUUUUACUGGCAGACAUGCAUGAAGAUAAGACAUUGUACGAGAACGUGAGGGAUUUUAUAGCUGCUCACGCAGAAGAGGUUUUCACUACCAAUGAAUGGCCAAGUUUUGUCGAAAUAAGACCUAAUACUGCAGCAAAAGUUUUGCAGCAGAUUGUUGUUGUGUUACGUAAUGAUUCCAAAACGAAAUAGACAAAAUUUACAUUUUGAUUAAGCUGUAAUUUCCAAAUGAGAGAGAAAUAGUAUUUUUAAAAUAAAUUGUGUAUUGUAUCGAAUCCACUACAGGUAAAUACUGAAUUUUAUUAUCGUUAUCAUAAGAACAAAUGUUUGUUUAAUAAUUUUCAGCAGCCUUUUGUUUAUUUAACUACUGAAAUACAAAUCAGAAUCUAAUUAUAUCGUAUAUUACGUGCUUAUUUUGCUUAAAUCAUGUAGUGGAACGAAACAUGUAUUCGUAGCCUUUUUCUAAUUACUGAUAGUUCUCUGCAGUGAAGUGAGAAAGCAUAUAAAAAUAUUAAAUAUUGCUGACUUCUAAGACAUAGAUUACGUAUAUUUUAUUGUAAUUUAAAAUUUAAAAAUAUAAAAAGUUGAAAUUUAGCAGAAUUUUUGUUAGAUUCCUAUAUUUCUUAAUAUCUUAUGUUUUAUGUUCAUUUAUAUACAGUUUUGCAAAGCAUUAAAAGUAGUUACAAGUCUGUGAAUCAGUAAUGCUUAUUAUUUUGAAGUGCUAAUAAUAAAAUGUGUAAUAUUUCA